UGCUAGCUGAGUGUUGUUGUGAGCAGUUGACAGGGCGAAUAAUGGGGAAAGAUGAGUUUAGGUGUGUUGAAUGUAACGAAAAAGCAACGGAGUUACACCGGGAUUACAGUAACGGCAUCCUGAAGAUAACCAUAUGUGAGUCGUGCCAGAAGCCGGUGGACAAGUACAUUGAAUAUGACCCAGUUAUCAUCCUGAUUGAUGCCAUUCUGUGUAAGACGCAGGCGUUCAGACACAUUCUGUUCAACACAAGCUUGAAUAUCCACUGGAAGUUGUGUGUGUUCUGCCUGCUGUGUGAGGCUUACCUCAGGUGGUCUCUGCUCCACGGCUCCAAGCAGAGCAGUGACCCCGCUGACAUCAUCAGGUACACCAAGGAAUGGGAGUUCUACCGCAUGUUUGGAUUGGCCGCCCUCGAGCAGUCAGUGUUCUGCUGCGGUGUGCUGUGGUUCCUCUGGGUGGUGGUGGGUCGCCUGCAGGGUGGGACCCUGGAGCCCAGCCUGCUCCUCAGAGCCCUGCUGCUGUCUUGCUACGGCAAAGUCCUCCUCAUCCCCGCCGUCAUCUGGGAGCACGACUAUUCUCCGCUCUGCCUGGGCCUCAUCAAGAUGUUUGUGCUCACCUCAAACUCACAGGCUAUCAGAGUGAUCCUCAAUAGCAGCAGACGUCUGUCGCUGAUGGCCGUGUGUUUCGGCCUGCUGUCAGAGACCUGCGUGGCUCAGGCCUGUAAAAAGCUCCCGUGGAGCAUCCAGGACAUGCUGACAUUUGAGUGAAUGACACAAAUGUCCGUUAUCUCAGGGAUGAACAAGUGAUCGUGGAACCUGUGCCAGAGAGAGACAGUUUUUAAUGAGCCCUCUACAAAUGGUGUCGGAGAAGAUAAAGAAUGUUUUGAAGUGUUCCUGCUGCUCAGAGCUGGAGACAGACAGCAGCAGAAGAGACUUUAUCAUUAUUUUUUUGUACUCGGUAGAGAAAAAGAUUCAUCUUCAUUUUUGAGGGACGUUGAGGACGUGGCUGUGGACUUUCUAUUGUUUUUCCUUUUGUUUUCAAAGACAAUGAGCUCAGGAUUCCUGUGAGAUUUUACUUGAUUUAAUUGCUUCAUUAGGACAGACCUACCGAGAGGACCUACAGCAUGGGAACAUCCCUGUAUCUAACCUGUGCCUUUCAUACACUAGAAGACUUUGAAAAGACUUUUAAAUAUACCCUCUAGGGUCACUAUUUGCAGGACUACAACUAGAUUUCCUGUCCUGUUCCGGGUGGAAAAUACUACGCCAAACUCCCUUUAAAAAAUAUGACAAAAUAACAAUUUCUUACAUGUCCGCAAAAACACAUAAUUCUAAAAACACAAGAUAAAAGGCAUCAUAUCCUCCUGAGACCCUGUGUCCUCAUAUGAGAACAUCACAUUUGGCUUUACUUGAUCUUAUACUUGAUUCUACUUAACUUAGACCUGUUGUCCUCGUUCGUGGAUGCUCUUUGUGCCAUCUAGUGGUAGUAAGAGCACAUUACACCAAUCUAUGUAAAAACAAGAUGGCAGCCAUCUCUGCCAAGUCAGUCUGCAGCUGAUCCCGACACAAAAAAAGCCAUGGUCCAAAACCUGAUCACAUUUUAUGGUUGAAACGUGUUUAUUUAUAAUUAAUAAUGUUUGUAGUUUGAUAUGGCAACAAAUUUGACCAAUUUUAGCAACAGUAACAAGCUAAGACGCUGUUAAUUAGGAAGUACUCAUUUGAAGACAUUGGGAUUUUAUUAUUGUCUUGAGGACACUGGGACUUUGUUAUCAUUGACAGUGUUUAGGUUUUUAUACUUACCAGGUCCUAUUGAUCCCAAAUAGCUAGGAGGAAUUAAAAAUGCAUACCAAACAAAAGUUCGGGUCUCAGGAGGAUAUGUCAACAGUAUUCUUGUCAAUUCAGCAUCAAUGUAGUCUAUUAAGAUAAACUGUAUUUGGGUAAAACUUAACAUUUUGGACUUUGUUGUCUCAACUCGCCAUCAGCUUCCGUAGGUUAGCUCCACCAUUUUGUUUUAAACUGUUUAAAAGAACUAAGAUUUAUCACCAAAAUAAGUGCUGGUUGGUGGAUCAGAUACAAGCGGGAUAAAAGACAGACACUCCACAACUCCACUGCUUACGCCUCCCUUUUUUACAGUCCAAGAGAACCAAGACUUGUUUACGUUCUUGCGCUUCUGCCGAGUACCCUCCAUGUGUACUGUCUACAUGGUUUGCUGUUUGGUGCCGGAGAGAGCACAGCUAUUGGUUGUGGACAAUGGUCACUUCAUUGAACUUUAGUAUUUGCAUGAGCCAAGACUAAAAACUUCGAAUAACAUUAACCAUGUUUGAUUUCAUCGUAACAUUAAGACAAAGAAAGACUGACUUAAGACAGCUUGGACUGCGUUUUGUGACCACCUCACACCGAAUGAUCGAGAUAACAGAAGCUUGCACCAACUCGACGGUUUCGCAGGGCCUCACUGUGAGAUUGACACAAACACAAACCCUGAGGUCGUAAUUUGACAAUAACUACUUCUCUGUUUGGACAGGACCCAGACAACAGGCUUUACAUUCUUUGGCUCGCUGGUGAAAUGCUUAUCUUAACUCACACAAACACAGAAACACACAGAGGGUAAGCUGUGGGAGUGAAAUAGGGAUAAGUGGGUAAAUGAAGCAGACAGAAUUGACUUUCACCACUAUUUAUUGCAAUGCUGAAUACUUACAUACUGUAUGUACAUGUCAGUGUGAUAAAGGAGGGACGGCAGAUGUUAAAGUUUUGGGUCAGCAGGAGUAGAUUUUUGCUCUGAGUAACCACUGUUUUGUUUUUGGACUUCAACUAUGGAUUGAAUGUUUUUAAUGGGAUGUUGAGUCUAUAGAAUUUCAGAAAAGGGUGAAAACUGUCUUCUUGAGAAGUCGGAACCAGAAAAUAUUUGACAUUUUUGCUCAGUAAUUGACUUAAAAUGAUUAUUUGAUGAUCAAAACUGUUGGUUUCAGCUCAAGACUUUGACAGUUCUCAUGACAAAGCGAUCAUGAAUCACCAAAAUGAAUUCUACUGUAUGUUUUUCUCCCAAUGCAAAUGAAAGCAGGGUCAGACAUUGAUUUGUUGCAGAAUGUUCAAAGAAUGUUGAGUGAAAUCCUUUAUCACCACACAUCUGAUUCACAGUAAUCAUUAUGCCACAUGUGGGUAAACUUCACAAACCCACCUCUCACUGUCCCUGGAAUGUGUGUGUCUGUAAACAGAGCAACUUUCAAUCAGUAAAUCAAGCAGACUGUUAGUCUGUGGAAUGAGGGGAAUUUAUCCACUGCACUUACCUACAGUAUGGAGGGGGAAGCUGAGUUAGCCUCGACCCUCGGGAGACUUUGCAGGAGUCGUGUCGUUGUUAAGAACUGCUGAGAAGUUGGACACGUGACGAGGCGAGGCUGAAUUCUUUCUGAACAAAACCAUCUGCUGAGAGAGGACUCGCCCCACCAGAUCUGAUGAUAUUCUCUUAGAGAUGGCGGAUAAUGUGAUGGAUAGUUAACGCUGUUGGGGCUUUAGUUUCAAAACUAUACCUUGGUACAUUGUCAGAUGACCUGAAGCUACCAUUUGAUUCACAGAGAAAUAUUUUUCUCACUGGACCUGAAUAUUUGUCUUUGCACAUGUUAAAAAUUAAGAUUCCUAUCAGAGAAAAUGUCCAAAGUACUCUGAGAUAUUUAUAGCAAAUCCUAACUUUUCAUCUAUCAUAACACCUCUGUCCUUUCUGCAUUUGUUACAAGUGAAAUAAUGUCACAAUACCUGUGUCUUUCUGUCACAGAUGAGCCCUGACGUUUGGCAGGUGCUUAUGUUUCUGUGAUUGAUUAUGUCAAAUGAACUUGCAGAGCGAGUUCGCCACGUUCUGCAAGAAACACACUGUAUGUAAAUGUUGCAGUAUGUGCUCACUGAGCUGUCAUAUAGAAGUAUGACAAGGGAAAAUAAAGUAUUUGUA